GAGUAGAUGACCCUUAGCCGUCAUGAUGAUAAUUCAGGAAAACAAUGGGGAAAAGGCAACAGGAAAGAAGUAUAGAAAUUUUGGAUAUGAUGUAAUUGGUGACCGUAGUGAUAUAUAAAACAGACGCGUGCGCAUUAAAUGUGCUUGAAAGUAUAUGAAUCUCACUCCUCUCAGUUACGGUAUUGGUGACCCUAAAUAUGCGCUCUGGUGUACCUUGUAUAUUUGUAUCAUGCUAGGUACUAAAUAUUGCGGACAGUUGCGGCACUUCUUCUAACCAACGUCCACGUUUGGUCCCAUCCAUCCCCAUCGCUGUACAAUCGUUUUGACGGUUGGUGCGGUGCAGUGUGUCACGAGUUCGUAGUAGCUAACAGCUACAGAAGGUUCCGUCGAUUGCGUUUGGUUGAGUUGUCAUUUGUGUUCGGUGUGCGAAAGUUUUAAUAUGUCAGAGAAUAUCGAGAUCCAGACACUCGGUAUGAAAGCGAAUUUUACUGUCGUCUCGGACAGUCCUAUCACCGAUCCUGCAUCUGCAACGAAGGGUUUGGAAGGGAGAAAAAGCUUCAUUGGCCAAAGAUCAUUGGAGAAUAAAACCUCUGGUGCUCUGAAAAAGUCCAGCCGCUAUAGAAGCAGAUCUCUUUCGGCCUCAUCCACCGACUCGUACAGUUCAAACUCCUGUACAGGAAGCAGCUCCGAGGAUGACGACAUCUCGCCCAGAGAGAAGAUACAGAAGAACUCGGGGGGAAGCAACGACUUCUGUGUACGCAAUAUUAACCAGCAUGCGUUUGGACGACGAGAGAUCGAGAUCGCCGAGCAAGAGAUGCCCGGAAUUAUGGCACUGCGGAAAAGGGCCGGCGACGAUAAACCCCUUAAGAACGCAAAGGUAAUUGGAUGCACCCAUAUCAAUGCACAAACGGCUGUCUUAAUCGAAACCCUGUCCGCUCUUGGGGCUAGCGUGCGUUGGGCCGCUUGCAAUAUUUAUUCAACUCAGAACGAGGUCGCCGCAGCAUUGGCCGAGGCUGGCUUCUCGGUGUUCGCAUGGCGCGCUGAGACCGAGGAAGAUUUCUGGUGGUGCAUCGAUAAGUGCAUCAACGCCGAGAAUUGGCAGCCCAAUAUAAUUCUGGAUGAUGGAGGAGACGCCACCCAUUUGAUGCUAAAAAAGUACCCUGCCAUGUUCAAGUUGAUCAAAGGUAUUGUCGAAGAGAGCGUUACAGGUGUGCAUCGUCUGUACCAGUUAUCCAAGUCUGGUAAGCUCACGGUUCCUGCGAUGAAUGUCAAUGAUUCAGUUACUAAAACCAAGUUCGAUAACUUAUAUAGUUGCAGAGAAUCCAUCAUAGACAGCUUGAAAAGGUCCACCGAUGUGAUGUUCGGCGGCAAACAGGUCAUUGUUUGCGGCUACGGAGAAGUCGGCAAAGGUUGUGCCCAGGGAUUAAGAGGCGUGGGCUGUAUUGUUUAUGUCACGGAAAUUGAUCCAAUUUGCGCUCUACAAGCUAGCAUGGACGGAUACCGUGUCGUUCGGUUGAACGAGGUUAUAAGGAACGUUGACAUCGUAAUUACAGCCACCGGUAAUAAAAAUGUUGUUACCAGGGAGCAUAUGGAUAAAAUGAAGAGUGGAUGUAUCGUCUGCAACAUGGGACACUCGAACACCGAAAUUGAUGUUAAUAGUUUAAGAACCACCGAUUUGACUUGGGAAAAGAUUCGUUCGCAAGUUGAUCACGUCAUUUGGCCUGAUGGUAAAAGAAUCAUUUUAUUGGCUGAAGGUAGACUGGUCAAUCUAAGCUGCUCCAGUUUAUCGUCAUUCGUUGUAUCCAUAACCUCGGCUACACAAGCUCUUGCAUUGAUAGAACUUUUCAAUGCACCACCUAACAGAUACAAGUCCGAUGUUUAUUUAUUACCAAAGAAAAUGGAUGAAUAUGUGGCAACGUUGCAUUUGCCUACAUUCGAUGCACAUCUCACGGAAUUAACAGACGAUCAAGCAAAAUACAUGGGUCUUAACAAGGCUGGACCAUUUAAACCCAAUUAUUAUCGAUACUAGCAAAGACGGGCAUUAGUACUUAGAAAAGCGUCGGUGGGGGGCUUAAGAAGGAAGUAAAUUCACACAUAAUAUAUAGAUAUAUUUCUCGACAUGCUGCGACACAAACAGUUAUUUUUUUUUGAUAAAUAUAUUACUGUUUCCACGUUCCGACUAUAAGAAUACAAAUUUGCUUAUAUAUUUUCUGAAGAAAAAAAGAUGAAGAAUCAAAUAAACAAUUGUGAACUAUAUAUAUGGUUCACUUAAAAAAAAAUACUAAAGUUCGGCUUUCGUUAGCGAAGUUUUGCCACAUAAAAGUAGCUUCGUUCAAUAAUUGUACAUAAAUUAAUUUUGUACCUGUCACUGUUUUUUUCUUUUGGUAUCAAAUUCAAGAAAGAAAUUUCCUCCUUUCAAUUUAUAUGGGUAUAUAUAAAAAAAAGGAGAGGAAGAAAGACGCUAUGUAACUUAUAUCUGUAUUAAUAAUAUAUGUAGACUCCGAUUUUACUCAACGCAACGUCCCGAAAUAUGUGCAAUGUUAAUUAUUGACUUUAUACAAUUUAAUAAAUAACCAGCAAAAAAAGUUGUGAUAA